AUGAGUGGAUUGUGUGUGUUCCUCUUGGCGUGCGUCCUGCCGCUAUCCCUCGCCUCGCCAGGCAGGCAGGACCCGUUCCUCUGGCUGUCCGCCCUGCGUGGCCGUGGUUAUGUCGAGGGCUCCCUAUUGGCUGACACCACCGGAGGGGAGUGUCCUGCGGAGUGUGACUGCCCGCCCUCCUUCCCCAUCGCUAUGUACUGUGAUGGGCGUGGCUUGACAGCCAUGCCCAAUGUGCCUUCCAGGAUGAAGUAUCUAUACCUGCAGCACAAUGAGAUCUCCGCCAUGCCAGACUCUGCCCUGGCCAACGCCACCAACCUUGUCUGGGUCAUGAUGCAUCACAACGCACUGUCUACAGACAAAAUCGGCAAGAGGGUGUUUGCCAAGCUGCAGGGGUUGGAGCGUCUGUACCUUCAACAUAAUAACCUGACUCGUGUUCCCCCCAACCUGCCACGCUCACUACGGGACCUCAGACUCAACAACAACAACAUCAACAAGAUAACACCAGCGGCCCUUGAUGGCAUGGACAACCUGACCAUCCUGUAUCUCCAUGAUAACGCACUGACAGAGAUGGGCACGUCUCUGAGGGGUUUGAACUCACUCACUCUGCUUGAUGUCAGCGGCAACAAGCUGAAGAAGGUACCAGAUAGUCUCCCAGAGCGCCUCCACCAGCUGUACCUGGAGUCAAACGCCAUCAGUACUGUCCCAGAGGGUUUCCUCAGUAAGUUCUCCCAGCUGCAAUACAUCCGCAUGGCCCACAACCAGCUGACCGACAACGGCAUCCCCCCCAACACCUUCAACGUGUCUGGCCUGGUGGAGCUGGACCUCAGCUUCAACCAGCUGGAGAGGAUCCCCCCCGUCAGCCAGACGCUUGAGCACCUCUACCUGCAGGCCAACCACAUCAAAGAGUUUACCCUGGGGAGUUUCUGUGAUGUCGUGGACGUAAUGAACUUCUCCAAGCUGAGGACACUGCGUCUGGAGGGGAAUGAGAUCAGCACCGGGGAUAUCCCCUCGGAGUCGGCCCUCUGUCUGCGUCUGGCUAACACCAUUGAUGUGUAA